GGGGCCGGCCCGGGAGGCGAGGCUGGAGCUGCCCCGCCAGCGGCACUUACAGUAACGCGGCCCUGCCCAGGCUGCGGUGAUUACGGUAACGGGGUCGGCCCUUUCGGCCGCACUUACGGUACACGCGCCGCUGAGGCAGCGGCAUUUACGGUAAGGGGGGCCGGGCUCGGGGGCAGCCGUCGGCGGCCGGCUCCGGCGCUGUCAGGUGAUCUGCAGCCCGGGCGGCGGCCGCCCCUGCGCCCGGCGGACAAUGCAAAAUGGCCCGCCCGGGCCGUGAGGGGCCGCGGUCCUCGGCCCGGGACCCCCGCGCCCGUGCCCUGGACCCAGGUGCAGCCCCCUCCAGCCCCCGAGCCGAGCGCCCGGCCUGAGCCCCGCGCCCACAUGGGUCUGUGCUACAGUCUGCGGCCGCUGCUCUUCGGGGACCCGGAGGACGCCCCGCCCGGCCCGGCCCCGAUCCCGGCCCCGGCCCCGGCCCCGGCGGCAGAGGGAGCCGUGGCCCGGACCACACCCCCUCGGGGCGCCGGCGGGGGCCCGGCUGGCGCGCGGCCCCAGGCCACCCCGAAGAAGGAGUGGAGGCGGCGCCCGGACCCGCUGCGCGCCGAGGAGCGCGAAGCCGAGCGGGAGGCGAGGAAAGUCAGCAGGAGCAUCGACCGCAUGCUCCGCGAGCAGAAGCGGGACCUGCAGCAGACGCACCGGCUGCUGCUGCUGGGGGCUGGUGAGUCUGGGAAAAGCACUAUUGUCAAACAAAUGAGGAUCCUGCACGUCAAUGGAUUUAAUCCCGAGGAAAAGAAGCAGAAAAUCCUGGACAUCCGGAAAAAUGUUAAAGAUGCUAUCGUGACAAUUAUUUCAGCGAUGAGUACUAUAAUACCUCCAGUUCCACUGGCCAACCCAGAAAAUCAAUUUCGAUCAGACUACAUCAAGAGUAUAGCCCCUAUCACUGACUUUGAAUAUUCCCAGGAGUUCUUUGAUCAUGUGAAGAAACUUUGGGAUGAUGAAGGCGUGAAGGCGUGCUUCGAGAGGUCGAACGAAUACCAACUGAUCGACUGCGCACAAUACUUCCUGGAGAGAAUCGACAGCGUCAGCCUGGUGGACUACACCCCCACAGACCAGGACCUUCUCAGAUGCAGAGUUCUGACAUCAGGGAUUUUUGAGACCCGAUUCCAAGUGGACAAAGUGAACUUUCACAUGUUUGAUGUCGGUGGCCAGAGGGACGAGAGAAGAAAAUGGAUCCAGUGCUUUAACGACGUCACCGCCAUCAUCUACGUGGCAGCCUGCAGUAGCUACAACAUGGUGAUUCGGGAAGAUAACAACACCAACAGGCUGAGAGAGUCCCUGGACCUUUUCGAAAGCAUCUGGAACAACAGGUGGUUGCGGACCAUUUCUAUCAUCUUGUUCUUGAACAAACAAGAUAUGCUGGCAGAGAAAGUCUUGGCAGGGAAGUCAAAAAUUGAGGAUUAUUUCCCAGAGUAUGCAAAUUACACUGUUCCUGAGGAUGCAACACCAGAUGCGGGAGAAGAUCCCAAAGUUACAAGAGCCAAGUUCUUUAUAAGGGAUCUGUUUUUGAGGAUCAGCACAGCGACCGGGGACGGCAAGCACUACUGCUACCCGCACUUCACCUGCGCGGUGGACACGGAGAACAUCCGCAGGGUCUUCAACGACUGCCGCGACAUCAUCCAGAGGAUGCACCUCAAGCAGUACGAACUCUUGUGAGACGCCGGGUGGGCCGCCUCCUGGCGCCCUCUCCCCCGCCCUCCCGUCCACAGCCCAUUCCCAGGCCGCCCGCCAGCCCCAAGCCCAGUGUCUGUCCUGCUCCGUGUCGGCUCCCGGGCGUGACCACCAAGCCUCUGGCUACCUCUGUUCCCCUCAGGUUUGGUUUGAAGCUUUUGUUUUCAUUAACCAUGACGUUCCCCACCCUCCCCAGUUUGUGGCACUGCCAACCAUCCGCUCUCACUUGGGUGACACUGCAGUGAGAUGCCUCUAGGUGGGGCCCCUUCUAUUCAUCUAGUCAGUGAUUGAUUGAUUGAUUCAUUAAAAUCUUGAGAGAUGGCGGAGAAGCGUCCUUCCCCCCGACUUAUCCAGCAGGACUGUGAGAUGCGGGGCGCCACAGCUCCCCGAUUCUAGCUCUAUGAAGCUGCAGGCGGACAAGUGGCCACCGCUUCUGAUCUGCAUUAGCCCAAGACUCAGGAGGCCCCAGGCCACAGAGUGGCAAGAACACCUUUUCUCAGUCCUAUUUUGAGCCUCUGCCAGCCUCAGGCAUUUCAAUUAGAGCUACUUUGAGCCUUUGCUUUUUAGGCAGAAAACCUACCACCUUCACUACUGCGAAGUGUGUCCCGUCUGAAAAUGAUUCUCUAGACCAGUGGUUCUCAACCUUCCUAAUGCCGCGACCCUUUAAUACAGUUCUUCAUGUUGUGGUGACCCCCAAUUUCACUGUUACAAAUUGAACAUAAUUAAAGCAUAGUGAUUCAUCACAAAAACAACAUGUAAUUAAUUAUAUAUGUGUUUUCCGAUGGUCUUAGGCGACCCCUGUGAAAGGGUCGUUCGACCUCCAAAGGGGUCGCGACCCACAGGUUGAGAACCGCUGCUCUAGACUUUCCCUCUGCUCGGGCAACACUCUUCUCUCAUAUAUUCUUGUUGUUUUAUUGCUGGUUUAUUACACUGUACAGACCACAACAUGUGAGAUUAUUUUGUAUAACUACUAAAGAAAAAUCCUGGUAGAUCUCUGUGCCUUGAUUAUGGCUACACCUGUAAAAGCAACGUGUUUUUAUUGUGCUGAACAGCUAAGUGUCUGCGUGACCUGCCGCUUCUCUAAGGAAGGGAAUGAAUGGUAUCUGUGGAAUUUAGGACAUUUUAUCAAGGUAGGACUUUGAAAAAUACUCCAUGACUUUAAAAAUUUACAUAUAUAUAUAUAUACACACACACACACACACACACACACACAUAUAUAAAUGUAUAAUACACACCAAUCUUCCACAUCUUAGAAAUAAUGCUUACUAACAUCACAAGCUCCCUUCAGGGAACACAGGGAUCCAAGAUGUUUUUUCUCUCCAGAUGGUAUGUUCCUUGAUUAUUUUGCUACUUAAGGAUGUUUGCAUGUUCCCUGCGUGGAAAUGGGUUGACCAUUCCCACUGUCAAAGCUUUUGAGCCACUUACUUGACCACAGGUUCCAUCUUAAACAAACAGGAAGAAGAAGACAAGAGGGUGUCAGCGUUUGUGUCUUGGAUUCUUCCUAGGAGAAUCCAAGGAUGGCACUUCCACUUGCCUUUUGAAGAAGAAACGUGACAGACCUUUUGUUUGAAAUAUAAAGUCAACAUAUAUGGCUGUUUCUCAAACUUGAAAGAUCUGCAAAUGCAGCCUCAAAAGUUCUGGCACAGUGUAUCUAGAAAGCAAGAGCCACUGUAGCAGAGACGUUUUCUAUUCUGGCCGCAGCCACAGCUUUGAGGGCAGUGUCCGUAGGUCAGAGAUACUCUGUUACGGUGUCCAAAGUUGUAGUUCAACAGUACAAACCCAGAGAAGUGACAGCCUAGCCUACAUUACUUCAUUAAUUCCCUUUUUAGUCGUCUAGUAUUUGUUGGUAUUUUAAAGUCUACUCUAUAAUAUAAUUAGCAUUUUUAUAAUCCUUUAUAAACUUAUCCAAUGUUAAAUACUACUAGUUUAACAUGAAAGGAUGACUACUUGAUAGACAAUCAAUGCAACAAGCAUUUUAUUUCAUUAUCACCGAAUUCCUGCUCCCCUCUCAUCCUUAACUGUUUGAUAAAACUCUCAGUUGAACUGAGACAUCUAAAGCAGAACUUAUUUUCAGUUUCCAUUGCACUUUCAAAGUAAAACAUGAAAACUGAACAGAAACGCCCCCC